UCAUCAGUUCUGAAAAGGGAAAAAAGUGCUUGGAUGCGAGCUGUUAGUGCAGACGAGAGAGCCUGAUGGCGUGAGAGGAGAUCAGGAAAGAUAGGUAUUUUAGGGAGACCAUUAUAUGGUCUGCUCACUUGAGCAUGUGCUACAGGCGAUUUUAAGGCUUGUAAUUAGAAAGCGGGGCAGAACCGCCUCUCCUGCUCCCACGAAUUAAAGGGAACCACCUGCCGAAAUCAUGAGUCACCUCAACCCUGGGAAGGGAAAUGAAGAUAUAAAACACACCGGGCACCUGGGUUAAAUGUCCUUUCCAUCUUCACCAAUACCGAACAAGUUAUCUGAUACAGUAAUCGUAUACUUGACAUAAUUGUUCUGGAGAUCCUGUUGUCUGCACUACAACUGCGGGGCUCAGGGAGGGAGUCUGAAACGAUAACUCACCGAAGAUCUCUGCCCUGUAUUGUAGACUAGCUGCAAAUACACAGUGUUUUCGUUGCCAAGUUACACAACCAGCAGUCGUAAAACCUGGAACAAUAACCUCAACAGCAGGCUGAAAAGAUGAGCAAAAAAAACAAGGGUUUCUCAGGACCAAUCGCUGCGUACAAUAGUCUCACAGAUAAACACCUCGCUGGUUACUUCAGCAACACCAGGAUAAGAAGACAUCUUCACAGAGCAGGGCUGAUCACACGAAAUGGAAGAAUUGUGCCGGACAAAGAGUACAGACAUAACCUUAUCCGGAAAGAUCACCAAAAAUUUGUGAGAGAAUGCCUGGCCCAAGCCAUCUUCCACAAGGUCCUGGACAUGGAGAGGCACCAUCAAAUAGACAUCAAAAGGAAACUGGAGGAUUUUGCACGGAAAGAACGUGUACAGAGAAUUAAGGUGGAGCGCUCCAAGAGAUAUGACGAAGACAUUGUUCCUAUCCUGUCUCCACGGCCUCCCACAGGACUCAGAAACGGGCACACUCAGCACUCUGGGCCAGACAAAGAGCACUCCGAGUCCUCAGAAUCUCCGAACUCAUCGCGCCCCAACACGGCGCCGGGGAAGAUGCAGAGGCCUGUCCGACUGCAGCCCCUGCACAGCCACACCCCCCAGGCCUCAAUCAGGCGGCCCUCUCCUGCCUACAAGCACAGCAGCUUCUCCGAAGACAACGAGCAGCACUUCCACUACACGCUGGACAGAGAUACCGGGAGACAUUUAACCCUGACAGACCUUAACAGUGGCAUAUCCCCUUACCGUCUUCCAGUCAUUAAUAAUUAUAUCACCCCAGUCCCACCCCCCACAAAGAGAAACGAGAGGAGUUUUAAAGGAACUCCUAACGGGACGACAAGAGGCAGAAGACUGCGGCCCACUACUGCCCCAAAUGUAUUUGGAGCAACAAAGGACAUCAAAGUCCAUAAGACAUCCGCGCACAGCAAUGUUUCCAUCACUAUGAUCUACUGUGGAAAGACUGUUCAUUUGUCUCAUGAUAACAUGGAUUUAAGGGAUGAGGUGAAAGUAUUCCAGCAGCACUGUGGUGGAGAAAAUCUCUGUGUUUACAAAGGAAAACUUCUGGAAGGAGAAACAUUUCAGUUUGUCUCCAGGCGCCACUGUGGUUUUCCAUUCAGUCUUACCUUCUUCCUGAAUGGGAUGCAAGUCGACAGACUGAGCUCCUGCUGUGAAUUUAAACAUCGGAAAGGAUCCCGACUGGGUGGAAAACAUGGACAUUUUGGCUUUGUCAGUGUUGAUGGGGCUUCUCCGUGCUACAAAUGCAUCAUUGCCUUGGGCUUAGAUAAGAAGCCUACUCCCCCUCUUAAAAGGAUAAAGGAGGACACAGAGAAAGAGGGCUCCAUUGAGGGGUCAGUCAAGAUGACGGAGGAGAAUAGAGAGGAUGACGGAGAACAUAUUAAGGAGGAACACAUAUCAGCCGAUGAGGCCUCUAAGGAGGAGGCUGAAGGCGAUGAGCCCAUGGAAACAGAAACUCAAGAGGAGAUGCCCAAAGAGAACGAAGAAAAACAAGAAAAACCCACAGAUGAUUAUGAGGAGGAUUUUGAAGGAGAUGAUGAGAAGCCUGAUGAAGAAAAAGAAGAGAUGAAAUCAGAGGCCAGUGUUGUGGUGGCGAAAUCGCAUUCAGGAUCCGAUGAUGAAAGGGAUUCCAACACAUGCAGGACAGAGGACAAAGAGACGGAUCUUCUGGACAGUGACGGAGAUGAGAAAGAAGGAUACACUGACAGUGAGUUUGAAGAGGUUGAGAAGUCAGGGAAUAGAAAACAAUCCUCGGUUUCCUCUAGAAGCGCUUUGUUUUCCUCCAGCAGCAGCAAGGAGGAGUCUGAGAGCGAGAAAGAGGAGGUUAAAGAAGAAGUGGAAGAUGAAGAAAUCAAGGAUUCCUCCCAUUUCACAUCAAGCUCUGAACCCAGAGCUGAUUCUGAGGCUGCCCAGGAGCUGGAGGAGCAGCCACAGCUGGAUGAAGAGUUAGCUGGUGGUGACAAAGAGCAGGACCCUCCUGAGGAGGUCAUUGAAGCAGAGGAGGCAGGAAAUACCCAGGCCGGGGCAGAAACCCCAAAAUCGGAAGAGAUGGGGAGCAAGGACGCUGCAGAUCAGGAAGGUCCCAAGAAGGGGGUGGAAAAGAAAGAAAACGACGAAAGGGACAGCACUGAGCCAUGCAGGACAGAAGAAGACAGUCUUACACAGGGGAAGGAAGAGAAUGCUGGCCUUCCCACUAAAGAUAAUAAGACUGAUGCACUAAGUGAAGAACUCUCUGAAGGGCCUGGUGGUGACAUAGAGUUGGGUAGGGCCAAGUCAGUUCAGAAGAAACUGGCUGAAGCGAUAAUGAACCAGGCAAGCUGCAGUUCUGAGCCAGAACCAAGCGACUCCAGCACCGAUGAAGAGGAGGACACUUCCAUUGCAGAACAAACUGUGGAUCAGGGUUUCAGUGGUGUUGAAGUAGAGGAUGCCAUUGCUUUUUCACUGAAGCAGGCUGCAGGCAUACAAGAGGAAAAAGAAGACCCUAUGCAAACAGCUGAGGAAGAGGCCGGUUUUAAGCAUGAGGAAAAGCCAGAGACAAGAGACGUGCUGGAGCCUUAUUCCAAAGCAGAGGAUGCUGAGCCUGAGACUGAGGGAAAAGACUUAGAGACUGAGUUAGAAACUGGCGAGGCUCAGACAGAAGAACUAGGAUCUGAAAUCAAAGAGGCUGAGGAAUGGGCAGGGGACAGAGGAAACGGUGCCGAAGAGAUGGAGGACAAGGUAAAAGAGGCUGAGGCCAUAGCAGACAAUGAAGAAACUGAAGCUAAAGAUGACAAACCUGAAGACACUACAACAGACAUUGAACAGGCUGAAGCUGAAAACGCUAUGCCUGAGACAGGUACUGUUACAGCACAGACCGAGGUGGAAACAGAGCACACUGCUGAGGAAGAAGAGACUGAGGGUGAGGUGGAAGACUCUGAAGCAAAUUUGGAACAGACAGCAGAUGAGAUACAAGCCAAAGCAAUAGAGAUCGAAGCUGAGGCAGAAAACAAUGCCGUAGGAAAAGAAGAGAUGGAAACCAACAGUGUAGCAAAUGAGACAGAGGCAGAAGAGGAAUGGUCAGACACUGAGGCAGAAGGGCCAGUAAUGAUGGCUGAAGGUGUAGACGAUAGCCCUGCAGAGGGAGACACUGAGACUGAAGAGGACGAGGAGGCUCAAGCAGAAGACGCUGAAGCCCAGACAGAAGCAUUAGAGGAUGACCCAGGACAGGAAGAGGCCAGAGCCAAGCAGGAACAGGGCGAGGUAGGUAAGGACCAGGAGGAGCCAGGAGCAGAAGCAGCUGAGGGUAAGAAAGAAGCAACACUGGCUGAAGGAGAAGACGACAAAGUAAACACAGGGAGUGAGGCUGCAGGAGAGGAGGCAGAGGCCGGUUGUGAGGAGGAGCUGAAUGAGUCAAAAGCAGAAGACCCUGAAUGUAAACCGCUGGAAGCGGGAGAAGAUGUGAAGUCAGAUAUGUCAGAGGAGGUGACAGCUUUGCCAGAGGAGUCUAAGGAUGAGGAUAAAGAGAGUAUUGCUGGGGUAGGAGAGACAGACAAGGUGAAUGAGAUUAUAGAAGAAGGUACUGAGGUUAAGCAAGGAGAGCAACAACAAGGUGUGACAGAUGCUGUGCAAGAAGAGACUGAGACUAAAACAGAGGCUGAGGAUCAAGCAGAAUUAGAAGAAAGUUAUGUAACAGAAACUGACGUUCAGGUACAGGAAACUGCAGAUAAGCAGGAGGAGACUGAAGCUGCAGCAGAGCUUACAGAAAGCGAAGUAAAAGAUUCUGAAAUCAAAACAGAAAGGCUGGAGGCAGAGGCAGGUGAGAACGAGGCAAAAGAUGUGACCGAGAGUAGAGAAGAUCAGUCAGAGAUCAACACAGAAUCAGAAGCACCUCCUGAGAUUGAGCCACCAGAGAUCAAAGCAGAAGAGUCUAGUAUUACACAGGUGGAUAGUACAGCUGAGGUAGAGGAACCUGAGGAAACAGCUACUGGAGAGACAGUAAAGUUAGAGGACGCUGAAGCAGAGCCUGUAGCAGGAGAAACAGAGUCGAGCACUAACACACAACAUCCAGAAACAGGGGAGACCAGGCCUGAGGUCACAGAUGCACAUAUGACAGAAGAUAAAGCUACGGAAGGAGGGGUAAAUGGUGUAGAACAGAAUGAGGCAGAGGCUAAGGCAGAAGAAAGUGAAGCCAAGGAGAACUUGCUGGAGGCUGAUGGAAAAACAGAGGAGCCCGGGGCCGAGGUAGGAGAGGGAGGGGGCAUGGCUGAUGAGGCAGAAGUGCAAGCUGAGCCUAGUGAGCUAGAACAAGAGGAAAGUUUAAACAAAGAAGCUGAAAACGUCACAGGCCCCGAAGACAAGAGAGACAACACUGCAAAGGAGGACGAAGCUAACAAAGAUGAGGCAGGGGCUGGUGUUAAGGAUCUUGUAGGAAAUGAAACUGGAGAGUCUGAGGCCCCGGACAAUGAUUCAGAGCAUCAGAGGAAAGGAAACGAUGAUAAGAUUGACCCUGAACCAGAGAGUGAAGACGCAGAAAAGCAAGACUCGGGAACUCAGUCAAGAACGGAAGAGGUGGAAACAGAAAUGUGUACAGAACAAGCACAGCUUCAAAGCAGCACAGAGCCAACAGACGCAACAGAACAGGAUGAUUUUUCAGCCAAGGCAGAAGAAGUGGAGCCCAAGCACGACGAGGAGGCAGGGGAAGAGGAGGAGGGCGGAUCGAAGGUGGUGGAAGACCUGCAUUCGCAGAUCACGGAGCGGGCACCAGAGGCUGUGGCUUCUGGAGCAGAAGAAGCAGAGUCCGAGACCAAGUCAGCGCCUCCACUUGCGAGGUCUGAGGUGGAGACCGGAGAAGCAAGCUUUGAGUCAGAGGAUGAGACCGCAGUAAAGGAGCCUGGAAGUGACUCUGAAUCCAAGGCUGAAGUGGAAAGCGUAGCCGAGGAAGAGCAGGUGUGGACUAAAACACGAGGAGAUCCUGAUUUGGAAGCGGUGACUGAGGAGCUGGUGAUCGGGAGCUCUCCUGCCAAAGAAGACGCUACAGAGGAAGCUGAGCCUGCCAAAGAAAAGACUGAGGAGCAGAAGACACCAGAAGAAACUGCUCCAGAAUACCUGAAGGACAGCAAUCCCACCGAACCACAGAACAACAAAGAGGACACAACCGAAGCUCCAGAUCUUGGGACUGUGGCUGUCCAAGCUGACAGUGACAGAAAAGCAGCAGACAGAAUGGAACAAGAAAGAGAAACUCAACUUCUUCCUGAGCAGCCACUUUCACUACAGGAUGCCGAGACUGGACAACCUCCUGUGAAUUCAUUGGCAGCCUCUGCAAGUGACAGAAAUCCGCACACCGCUUAAGAACAAUCAGAAACGUCACACCAUAGACACACAGGAUCCCUAAGAAGGUGGUUUCGGUUCUGAAGCAGAGGCAUCGCAAGGCUUGGGCACCUGAUGUGCAUGUUUCCGUGUGUCAGUCCCCGCUUCUCCAAUCAGCCUCACCAUGUCCACGGCAUUUCAAAUCCUGAAAACUCAUAAUACUGCAAACAAAUGUACUUUGAGGUUAGGCACUACAGGUGUGACAUUUUGCAUGAAAAGGGAGUAUGCUGUAAGCACAAAAAGCGCUGUAGAAAACUCCAGCUUUGAGUAUUGUACUUAGACUGCUUUAAAAAAGAUGCUCACUGAGGACUGUGCACCAUUAAAACAGUCACACAUCACAGACCUCCUUGACCAUAACUAAACCAUCUUAGAAAGUAUUUCAAACUCGGUAAAAUAAUAUUUUAAGCCUAUAGUUUUUAUAUAUAUAUAAAUGGGGAUAUCAGCCUUAACGAAUUAAAUGUAAAAAUGCUUUUCAGUAUUUAUGUCUGCAACACCAUUUAAGGUAGAAGUCUUUAUACCGGCUGCGAAGCUUAACUCCCACUGCAGGUUUCAGUGUUGAGCUGAUAGAUGUUUCAUUGGCAAUGGCUCCUGGCUGCUCAUUAUAUAAAGCCAGCAGCUAAGAGCCUGCCAGUUCAAGUGGGCCUAGGUCAAAUGGCAUGAGCGAACUCUGACCUUGUGCCUCGAGCUGGAGCAAGUGGGGGUGUCCUUCACCUGCCAUGAAAAAGAGGCCCUUUGCCUUUCUGGGUGCCUGUGAUCUUGCAAUGUUGCCACUCUUCCAGCCCCCCACCACCUCCAGUCUAGACACUGCAGGACGUACAAGAUGAAGCAACUCCCUGGGUGACGGACAACAGCCAAUAUGCACUAGCAGCCCCACUGCGCAGCAGGACAGCUAGAGACGUGAAGGAGGGCUUCAUCAGUCGAAUUAAGGAAGAACUCUAGUGACCAAGUAGUCAUCAAUCUCACUCGGCAGGCAGUAGAUCCCAACGGAAAGAUGGUGCUGCCUACAGCACAGUACCCCCCCCCAGCCACCUUACUGGGGUACUGGUUUGACAAUUCUGGUCCGGGGCAGGAGCACCUCCUACUGGUCCUCCGACACCAGCAGCAAACUAGCUUGGCAUAAAUAAAUGACAUACAUUCGCUAAAGAAGGUGAAAGAACAAUCCAGCUGUCCUUCUGUGAUAGUGUGGCUUCCUAGUGGCUCAAUCAAUAACAGUGAUGUUUGUGGUAAUAUGUUCUCUCCCUUUAGCAGUUCCUGUAAUAGGUGCUGGUCACACUUUGCCCCUGCUUAGGUGUCUUUCUAGUGAUCGGUUGUGAAGUACACACUCUUCAGAGCGUCUGCUAUGGAAUUCACCUUUCAUCAGGUUCUUGAAAGCGGAUACUCCGCACAGCCUGACUCAUUGAACAGAAAUAAUUCAUACUGACCCUCCGAGGGAGAAUAAACCCCUGACGAUGAAUGACUCGCCAUUUGAGGGGAAAGAAGUAAACCCACUGGUCGUGGCCACAUCGCAAUCAUGCAGAAUUCAUGAAAUGCAAAAAUUAGAGGUUUUUCCUUUGAUCACACCAAUCCAGUCUUUAACAAAGCUUGCACUUAAAAGCACUUUUUGUGUGCAUCUCUCCAGAGAUGGAAAAUGAGAAAGCACUGUGCAAUACAUUGAUUUAGACACUUUACUUUUCUCUAAUGAGAAGACAGAAAUGUUUGCAUUUGUGUAUGCCUGAUUUUACUCUGAAGACAGAAGGAUAUGAUACAGUGAAAAUAUUUUUUCUCUCAAAAGACCAGUGGCUUUUAUUAUUAGAAAGGUUGUACGUCAGAAUAUGAAAAAAUAUUAAAUAAAAUCAUGCUCAGCUUUUGAAGUCAUAAGUGAUCAAACUAUGUCAACAUGACAAAUGUAUAUCGACACUACACAAGCACACGUUAAGCAAAUAUUUUAAGAAAUCCGCAUGCCGAAUUUUGAAAAUGUUUUCCCUUGAAUUGUGAAUCCUUGAGUGUAUUUCUUUCUUCACAGUAGUUUAUGCGCAGGGAUUAGAAAAGGGACAAUGUUUCAUAACACUACCAUUUACAUACAGCUGUUAAGAUACUGAAAAGGAGUUGUAAAAAAUGAUUUCUGCAAAACCUCCUUUGUAAGGAACAAAUUACUUUAUUCAUUUUUGACUUUUCAAAUUGCCAAUGUGUUACAAAUUUAGAUUACUAACAUAUUUUUAAUAGCAUAUCAAAGAAGCAACAGUUUUGUACCAAUUGUUGAAGCUUUUCAUUUUGAAGAACACAAAUUCAGACUUUAUGUAGCCCUAGUCUGACAGUGCUUGCUCACAAUUUUGCGAUUUGUGCAGCUGUUUUUGCACUAUCAAGAAUAAAAAACACACGAGAAACCAAGCUAAGCUUUGCAGCUUAAAAUGUGCUUUAUAUUGACCAAGCUUGCUCAGGAAGUACAGAAAGUGUUCAGCGUAUUUAUAUUCUAUUGCUAUUCAGAAAUUGUGAGAUAAUGUUUUUUGAAUAAACUGUAUACUGCAUAAAAACUAUAUGAUUUUUAAUUAUAUUUGUGUUCAAUAAAGAGUCUGAAAUAAAAUUGCUUUUGUGUUGUUGUUUUUUAUUAUUCACUGAUGUUCAGAGAGUUCUUAAAAGUACACUGCCUGCAAUGUUUUGCAAUUCUGAACUGUUAUCAUCACUAUUAAUGAGGCCUUCAGACCUUUAAAUGCUUCAUCUAAGAAGAACAAAGCCAAAACUCCUUAUGGGUGAAUAAAUUAGUUAAUGCAAGGAAAGGAUACAGUGAUGAAACCAACAGUGCGAUUUAAAACUGGUGUCCUGGACUUAUUUUCCCCAGACAAGCUAAAAAUAACAGCAAAACUUUGUAGAAACAUAUUUCCUUUGAUUAUUAUUUUUAAUUGAAUCAAACAAUGUUUUAAAUGCCAAUUCAUAUCAUAUGAAUAAAGCAAUUUCAGCUAA